GAAACUUCUACGGGACCCCGAAGCCCCCUGCGGAGCCCAGCCCCGUGCAGCCGGACCUGGUGGACCAGGUUCUGUUCGACGAGGAGUUCGACACGGAGGUCCAGCGAAAACGCACAACCUCCGUCAGCAAGAUGGACAGAAAGGACAGCGCGGCUCCAGAGGAGGAAGAGGAAGAAGAGAGGUCUCCUGUGGUCAACGGCCUGGCUGAGCACAAGGACAAGGCGGAGUGGAGGAAGUCGGUGCCCAGCUACAACCAGUCGGCGGCGGCCAUGGACAUGCGUGUAUGGAACACACAGGAUGAAAGUCAGGAGCCCUUGCCUAAAAACUGGGAGAUGGCCUACACAGAGACCGGCAUGGUCUAUUUCAUAGAUCACAACAGCAAGACCACAACCUGGCUGGACCCUCGCCUCGCCAAGAAAGCCAAGCCUCCAGAGAAAUGCGAGGAAGGAGAGCUGCCCUAUGGCUGGGAGAAGAUUGAGGACCCCCAGUAUGGAACCUACUACGUGGACCACAUCAACCAGAAGACCCAGUUUGAGAAUCCAGUGAUGGAAGCAAAGAGAAAGUUGAGUGUGGACACGCCCACCGCCGUCCCGCCACCGGCAGCCACGCCCUCAGCAGAAGAGCCUGUUAGAGGAGUGCGGGGCUUCACGCGAGAUCCAUCUCAGCUCCAGGGUUCUAUCCUGCAGACAGCGCUGAGAAAAAGCCCACAGGGCUUCGGGUUCACAAUCAUCGGAGGAGACCGACCCGAUGAGUUCCUUCAGGUCAAAAACGUCCUUCCUGAUGGGCCGGCUGCACACGACAACAGGAUCGCCUCAGGUGACGUGAUCGUGGACAUCAAUGGGUCGUGUGUGCUGGGGAAGACUCAUGCUGAUGUGGUGCAGAUGUUCCAGUCCAUCCCCAUCAACCAGUAUGUGGACAUGGUCCUGUGCCGAGGCUACCCGCUGCCCGAGGACUCCAGCAACAGUGACGACGCCUCGGGAGGCCUCUGCGCCUCCAAGGACGCGUCCCCGUCCCCCUCCACGCCACAGGACCCUCACUACACAGUCCCAGACGGGGGAACCCUGUCCAGGCAGACUGCCGCGGUGGCACCCAUGACCAACGGAGGCCGCCACCACCACCACCACGCUCAUCCCCACCAACACCACCACCACCUCCCUAAUCAAGACGGCCCUGACCCCACUAUGCUACAGCCGGAGCUGGUGAGCGUGCCGCUGGUGAAAGGCCCCGGAGGUUUCGGCUUCGCCAUCGCCGACUGCCCGCUAGGCCAAAAGGUGAAGAUGAUCCUGGACGCCCAGUGGUGCCGCGGCUUGUUGAAGGGCGACGUCAUCAAGGAGAUCAACAGACAGAACGUCCAGACGCUGACCCACUCCCAGGUGGUGGACAUCCUCAAAGACCUGCCCGUGGGCAGCGAGGUCAACGUGCUGGUGCUUCGAGGAGGUGAGUUUGCAGAAAUGAGAGUUCGAGUCGCUGCGUGUGUGUGCACUGCAGCCACAG